AUGGAGCGAUCAGUCCGCUUGAUUUGUACGUUGGUUUUGUUCGGGAUAGCUUUGCAUACGCCUGUGUUGGAAGCUGCCAAGUUACGCCAUGGUCACCAACACGAAGACAGACUACCGAUCGGCAGUCCGAGCUGGUGUAUGGACAAAAUGAGAUCGUUCAAUCUGACCCACUUUGAAGUCCUCCCGGGCAAUGGCUGGGAUAACUUGGAAAACAAGGAGCGUGGACAGGUGAUACAACACACCUACACUGAGUGUCGGACAACAGAUGACGGGAAAUUUCUCAUUCCGGAUGGUGUAGUAACUACACCUGUUAAGUCAAGUAAACUGGACGUCUUUUCGGAGGUCUACUCUUCCUGGAUGGAUUAUAAGGAAACAACUUCAAAAUCCAUCAACGUGGCAGCAAAGUAUAGUCGCGGAUUCUUCAGUAUUGACGGAACGUUUUCAGCGGAAUCGCAGUCCGUCAAAGAGAAUCAAGCCGAUCAGAAAUCUUCAAUUGCACGCACCCAGGCGAGGUACGUGAAAUACAUAGCCAAACUCCAACCCGACAUGUCCUUUCACCCAACUUUUAGGGCACGCGUUAUGGAAAUUGCUAAGUUAAUCCAGACGAAUGAAAAAGUUGUCGCUCGUUAUGAAAGUCAACAGUUGGUAAGGGACUUCGGAACUCAUGUUUUGACUGGAAUGGAUGCAGGAGCGGUGAUUACACAGGUUCAACAUGUCAGCUUAGGAUUUGUUUCAACUCAUAGUGAAAAAGAAACGAGUCUUGCUGCGUCUCUCAGUACAUCGUUUUCUUUAGGACUUUACGGUAAAGGGGGACUUAACGUGUCAGGUGGGUCCACAACACAAGUAGAGGCUUCUAAGGAUUUCUCCAACAGUGUGACACAAUCUACUAUUAAGACGUAUGGGGGACCUACAUACCAACCGCAAAACUUCCAACUUGAUGACUGGGCUAGAGGGAUGUUAACAAACCCAAUUUUAAUCGGAAUGCAAAUGUUCAAGAUGGGACAUGCUCACCUCCUUCGACUAACUUUACGUUUGGUGGGGUGUAUCAAACUUGUACACAAGAUGCCGUUUCUCGAAUCUGACCACUGUUCGGGCUACAUCCAGAGAAAUCCUCUCACCGGUGAAUCGUCCUGUCCUUCCGGCUACAACCCUGUUCUACUCGACAGUUCUAACAUAGGCAAAACAGAAACCACUCGUGAAUGCCACAGAGUCUGGUAUAAAGUCUGGUUAGGUAAAAAGUGCACGAAUAUCCCUGUCCCCGGAAGUGUGACUGUUAGUUCGUAUUGGUGUGUGGCUACCGGAGACGUACAUCAAUCUUCAGGUUAUAUGUUCGGAGGGCUUUUCACGCCACACAUUGGGAAUCUCAUGACAGGAGGAAGUUCUUGUCCUCCAAACUUCAACAAACUUCCACUCUUGGAUGGUCUGACGGUCUGCGUUACACAAGACUUUGAUUCCGGUUUCCCUUUCUCGGCACCGUUUGGAGGCUUCUUCACUUGCAAAAAUGGUAAUCCUCUUGCAGCUAGUGCGAAAACCGAUCAAUCCCAUUGGCCACAUUCAUGUCCGACAGGUUUUAGCAGUCAUCUUGCACUGAUGUCGAAUGAAUGUGAAAUAGAAUAUUGUGCACAAUUAAAACAUAUAUCAGAUAAAGGAUUACCCUCCGUAAGGAAACCUCCAUUUAUGGCUUAUCCAAAUUACAGACAUGUUGAAGCGACUGAAAUUUUCAUCGACCCUACAUCCAACACGUGGACAAAAUUACCUACGGACAUGCUCGAAAUACAGGAUGCCACAUUGGAUUUAGAAAAAGCUAAACUUGUCUUCAGAAACAGUCCAGAUUUCGAGGAACAAAUGCAACUGAUAAAUAUCCCAACAAUGCCGAUGGCGUAUGGAAACGCUAGUUCAAAGAAUGAUAAUUCCAGCAUUCCCAUUUCAAGGGUCAGUGUCAAGGAUAAGGAAACACGGAGAAUAGAUACAGACUACAAACUGGGCUUGAACGACGAGCUUAAAUUAUCGCCAGACUCAAAGGAUCACCAAGCUCUACCAAACGGGAUGGUGGUUGCCCUGUCUGUGGUCUCAACUCUCCUGUUUGUCUGCGUGAUCGUCAUAUUAACAAUGUACAAACGUCGCAGAGUGGUAUACAGAGGUGGCGAAGAGCAGACACUGCUUGGUUAA